AAUCCUUUGUGCGACCCAGAGAGAGUUUUCAUGUCAGAUUUUUUAUUCGUGUCCAAGAUUUUUUGCAGGUCUCUAUAGUCUUUCGAUUUGAGAAAUUUUAAGUCAAUAUUGGAAUUCUUUAUUCUGGCAGAUGCCGGAUGUGUGCGAGGAGAGGUUCUAAAAUUUUAAGUUUCAAUUUUGAUUUUUUUUGAGCCAGUUGGACAGGUGGUCUGUGGAUGGUGUAGUGACCGCAUUCGAUUGCACACAGCAAUAUCUUUAUCCAAUCAAGUUUUUGUAAUGUUUUAUAUUUGCUCAUUUAACCGACUUAUUCGUAGCUACGCUAAUAAGAAGAUUUCAACUUAGUGGCACUCAGCGAAAGUUUCUCAACAUGAGUAUGGUGGAUCAGUUGUGUACGGAUGCGGAAGAACGAGAAGACGAUAAGGAGUCGGUAAACAGCUUAGAUGGUACAAUGGGUUCUGAUUUAGUGCUCAGUAAUUCAAUGUGUAGUUCAAGAAAUGAAACUCUAGAGCUCUCAUUGACAUUUGUUAGCAGCACAGACGCUAACGAAACCCGAAACUGUUUUAGUCCCAACGAAAGCGACGAAACAACUCAUAAUAUUCUUUCCGUUUGUGAUGCCGUGGAUGUUAGUAUAUAUAGGGAAGCUGUUUCACAAGAAAGUCCAAACAGUAGCUUCAUCGGCUUUUUACAUAAGCAGUUGACCGCAUCAGGUUUAGACUUGGUGGGUGAUUUACACCAAUCCUAUUGUUCGAAUGAUUCUAAACUAGUUUGGGAACAAAACGUGGACGAAACAGCACGUGAAACUUAUUUCGCCCAACUCAAUGAAAACGAUGGACUAGAAGGUAUAGAAGAAUUGUUGGAGGAAUCGCGGGAAGGUGGGGAGUCGCCCACACAAUUUGACAAGAACGAAAGCAUAAUUGAUCAAGGUAAUGCUGACGUGCUUUUGAAUUCAUCCAGUCAUACGCAACCUCCUACAAGCGUCAUCUGUAAGAAACGUCGCUCCAAUUUUCCAAUGGAACGGCCCCCCUCACGACUUCGCAUUGAAAAUGAAGCAAAUAUGCAGUGGAUGAAACCUGCCGAAACUAGUCAAUACACUCACUCCCAGGCAUCUCAUUCUCAAUUGAAUCCAAAUACUAGAUCACAAAGCACGAUACUGCUCGCUUCACAACUAGUAUUAGAAAACCAAUCAAUUACAAACGGAAUCGAACUUGUUGGUACUGCAAACUUCCAAACUGCCGAAGAUAACCAAACUUUGGGAAUUGAUACAAAUAAACAGUCCCAGGGAUUCGGCUCUCAAGUGUUGGAAGAAUCGCUCAAUUUUUUGGACCCGGUUAUGUAUCCAAACGAAAAUACGGAGAAUUAUAAUCUAGACGUAUCUGUUAAUAGAUCUCCAUCACUUCUUCGUGAAAAUCGAGAUAUUUCCCCUCACGAAUCUUUUAACAUAGUAAAUUUUGAUGCGAGUAGAAGCAGCACGCCUAGACAUCAUUCAAUUGACGAUUACGAACUACUCAAUCGAACAGAUGCAACUAUGGAGAUUAUAAAUUUACCAUUGCAAGAAACCAGUUUACGCGAUGGUAAUUUGAACAUACUCACCGGCAAAAACUCGCCAUUAUCGACCGGUUCAAAUGAAAAUCUUACCGACCCACAGAAACGAAUAAGAAGUGCCCUGAAUCGUAUAACCAUGGAUAAGGAGUUGGUGUACAAAGGUCCGAGAGGCCUGUACGGCGAAAAAAUUGAAGAGAAGAAUCAGAGACUAAUACAAGAAGUAGAAAAUUUUUUUUACAAGAUGCUGGUAAAAGCUGUCAAUAAAAAGCCGUUCAUGAUGAAUGUUCAACUAUGUAAUUUAGGAAACUGCACAUAUGAGAAUGGAAUAGUGGAGUUGAAGAAAUUUGAUAAGUGCAUCUUUCAACAGAUGUGUACUUGGUCCAGACCUAGAAGGCGAUUCAACAUCAUAGUGUACCUUCUUGCAAGAAUGUAUGCCUUAUGUAUACGUGGUUCUGAAUGCACUAUAAGAGAAAUUUACUAUUGUUUAAAGGAAUAUAUGCAAUGCCAACGUGAGAUCGAAGACGCCGUGAACAUUAUAAGCUGCUUUUUGGAAAUAGAGCAUUGGUAUCUUCCGAUUAUGUCUACUAGUAAGGGCUUAGCACUUGGUGCGCUUACAGUUUACACGUCAGCAGGGGAAGUUAUAAAUUUUAACGUCGCAGGAGGACUGCUCAUUCCGCAAAAGUUAAUAUCAGUAACAAAAAUAGAAAGCGAUGCGCACUGUAUACUGGUUGUAGAAAAAGAUACGAUUUUCAAAAAGCUGGCCGAUGAGAAUUUUUCCAACAAAUUAACAAGGCCCUUUAUCCUCGUCACGGGAAAAGGAUUUCCGGAUAUUAAUACGCGACUUUUCUUAAGGAUAUUGAGAGAUCACUUACGGAUUCCGAUUUUUAUUUUAGUGGAUGCCGAUCCGUGGGGAAUAGAUAUUAUGCUUACCUAUAGACAUGGUUCAGUUCGAACAGCAAAUUUAUCUGAAGUGCUAGCGUUAUCCAACAUAAAAUGGCUGGGUGUUUUGCCCAGCGAAAUUGUCACUCUAGGAAUCGCGCAUACUUCUCUUACGGAGCGCGAUAAAGGCAAGAUAAGGAGUAUGUUAAGACGGCCUUACGUUGCGGAUCAAAUUAAGGAGGAGUUGAACGUUCUACUAGAGAACGAUUUUAAGGCUGGAAUUGAGGGAGUCAUAAAAACGCAUACUUACUUAACCAAUUUCUACCUAACUCACAAAUUUGCCAACCGAGAUUAUUUGUAGAAAUUUUCGUGUUCCUAAUUUUAAAAGACUGUGAAUUGUGUAGGUAAACACGCUGGAAUUAAAUUUUUUUCU